GUCAUCAUGUCCACAAAACAUGGCGCUGGCGCUGGCAUUGUAUCUUCUACCGAUACUGCUGCAAGUAGCUGCGUCUCGAGUUCGUCAUCAUCAUGACGCACCGGAAGUGCAGGACACACUAGCUGGAGAGGACCUGGCAGAUAUUCUCAUUCCGAUCCUGAGAAAACAAGAACUAGAAUCUAAAGCUCACAACCAGAGUGAUGAAAAGAUACACGCCUUGAAAAAAUUAAUACAAAAGUCACAUGUUGCGAUCAUACUUGCCAAGUCACAUAAUAAGGGUGAAAAUCAUCCGGAACAUCAUCAUUCAAAACAUAUAAGUUCUCAAGAUGUAAAAAAUCAGAAGCAUGUAAAACACUUGAGUUUUGAUGAACAAGAAAACGUGUAUUUGACAAGUGCAAGCUCAGAAGAUACCAAAAAACUAAAUCACGUUAAGCAUCACUCUUCAGGAUUAGCGAAAGAUAAAAAUUUAAAGCAUGUAGACUCUGAAGAUUUAGAAAAACAUUUGAAUCAAACAAGUAGUAACAAAUUGAAAAAUCUGGAAUCCUUAAGCAUCGCAAGCUCUGACGAAAUAUCUGAAGAAAACAGUAAUGUAGUCUCGCUAAACAAGGAAGAAAUAAAAGAUAUUCAACAAAGUGUCUUAAAUACUAAAUAUGAUGAUUCUAAUGAGAACAAUUUUCUAAUGAGAAAAAAAUUAGUCGUACAUAAAGAUAAAGUAAAGCAUAAAAAAAGUUUAGAAGAAGAUUUGAUAGAUAUUUUGGAUUCAAAGGAUAAAAGCUCGGAGUCUGAUGUAAAUGAUAGUGUUGAAGAAAAUAAAUUACAAAAAAGUGGACUUCAUUCCAAGAAUGUAGAUUCUGGCGAAGUUAAUUCUCAUAAAACGGUCAUAGAUAAAGAUGGAAUCAAAGACUCGCUAGAAAAAAGUAUUUCACACAGAGGACACAUGGAGAAACAAAAGCAUGAAGUAAAUAUCAAUAAUUCGAGGGACCUGAAUUCGAGUAAUGAAAGUUCAGAAUCUAAUAAAGCUAGUGGUGAAAAUAGUAAUUUACAAAAAAGUGGCUUAAAUACAGAAUAAAAAUGUUUUGUCACAUUUGCAUGACAAUUAUGUUGCAGAAAACGAAAAACAUAGAGAAAAAUUAGAGCACAAUGAUGAAGAGUCAGAAUCUAACGAAGAAAGUCUUGUUGAAAAUAAUCAUUUACAUGAAUUAAAAACGAAACAAAAAAAAUCACAAGAAGUUAAAUCAAAUGUCAAAUAUUUAGAUGGUUUAAAAAAUGUAUUGGAUUCUAGAGACAAAAAAUCGAAAUAUGAUCAAAAAGACAGUGUUGAGGAUGGCGAUAGUUUGAUGGGAAAUAUAGGCUUGGUAAGGGUGGGCAAAAGUUUGCAUUUUUACGAAAAAUAUGACAAUAAUAAGAAACAUAAAGAUGGAGUUCGAAAUCUCUUCUUCCACUUCGCUUUAUGACCUGUAUCCUUCAUGACCAUUUACUAGACGAUUGCAUUAAUAAAUAGAAAUCAUGCUUAAAA